AUGGACGUCGACAAAUAUAACUGUUCCGUUGUUUUUGAUGAUUUUAAGGUUUCCAUCGAGCAAUGUGAUUUUUAUGCGCUUGAUCAGGAGAUGACCGGUGUCGAUAACGGUGAGCGACCGCAGUCAGGAACAAUGAGUUUGACAGAGCUUUACCAAGUUUCGCGGGACGUUGUCAACCGGUACAUUGCCUUCCAGCUAGGUGUAACAGUUUUCAAGCGUGUUGAUGGCGGAUAUGAGGUUAAACCAUACAACUUUUAUUUAUUGAAAAGUGUGGGCGAUUUUGUUGUGAAUAUUGAGUCACUGAAGUUCUUGGCAGACAACCACAUGGAUUUUCAGCGGUGGUUGGUGACAGGCAUGCCGUAUUGUGGUAAAGUGGACACAGGGUUGCGUGGUGAUGAAGGAGGUUCUGUGUCUAGUUUAAGGAGAGGGUUGUCCGAAUACCUUGUUAGUCGAAUAAAAAAGUGGUAUAACAGCCCGUUGGCACGGGAUGGCGAGUGUAUUACUUUCAAAACUGUAAUAUGCGAAGAAAUAGAGCGGUUGACUUUAUCAAAGCUUAAAGAAGAACAAGUUUUCGUUUCAUUUGAGUAUGAUAAGUCGAGAUGCAUUGGAUCACCGGUGUCGUUGACAGUUCACCGUGGAACGAGUCAUUUCGCCAGCGGCCAAGGUAAGGAAAAGGCCACACCUGAUUUAGAGCCGAUCAAAGUAUGUGGGUUUCAACAUUUUUGGAAGUGCUUAACCGAUUGCAAGAAACCUAUUGUUGGCCACAAUUUUUGGCUUGACAUUAUGUUUAUGGUUCAAAUGCACGAAGGGCCUCUCCCCGAAGAUUAUGAUACUUACAAGAGACUCGUUCACCAACUGUUCCCGUGCGUAUACGAUACGAAAACACUCGGCCGCGAGGUGAUAAUUAACAACUUAUCUGAGUCUUUUUGUCUGAAAGAUUUGUACGACAGAUGCCUGGCCUCGAGGCUAAAAUUGGGAGGGGCACCAGAGUUCUUUUUCCCACCAGGAUUUGGUCGGUACGACCCAGACAGCCUUGAAAGUGAAUGCAAAGCCCAUGAAGCUGGGUACGAUUCAUACAUGACGGGCGUGGCUUUUUCCAUUUGUAGGGAUUUGUACUGUAGCGGUGAAAAUUCUACCUUGGAUAAGUGGCGAAACAUUGUUUCUGUCUACGGCAGCAAUUACUAUAUGAAUGUCAAUGGCAAGGAUAGUUUGAGGAGGUCUGCAACGUUUGUGGUGGAGUUUAGGGAGGAGAUUGAGUAUCCUUUUGGAGAGUUGCUUCUGUGUCGGGACGAUGCAUUCACAAAUGUGGAUAGGGACGUGGAGUUAUUACCGAGGGACUGUAUUAUAUCAUAUGACAACAAAGGAUUAUGCAGGACGAUAAUAGUUGUGUUCGAAGAUGAUAUUAGCGAAGACGAGGUACAAACGCGCAUUGCGAAUUCGGCGCGCCGUUGGAGUGAGGUUACUAAGGAGGCAAAUGCUUAUAAUAUAGUAUUUCCCGAAAUACUAAGUGUUUACCGUCUUAGUGGGUAG